CUUAGGCAUGAGUGGAACGUGUUAGGACAGCUCUUGCUCCUAAAUGUCUAUGAGGAGAAGUGUGUAAACGACAGAGAACACUACUUUGUAUUUUAACUGGUAAAUAUAGGCUACUUUUAUAGUUUUGCUGAAGAAAUGGCGCUCACAGACGCAGACGUUCAGAAGCAGAUCAAGCACAUGAUGGCCUUCAUUGAGCAAGAAGCUGCAGAAAAAGUAGAGGAAAUUGAUGCUAAGGCAGAGGAAGAGUUCAACAUAGAGAAAGGACGCCUUGUGCAGACACAGAGAGUCAAAAUAAUGGAAUACUAUGAGAAGAAAGAAAAGCAGAUAGAACAGCAUAAGAAAAUCCAGAUGUCCCAUCUUAUGAACCAAGCCAGGUUAAAGGUACUGAAGGCCCGUGAUGACAUGAUCAUGGAUUUGAUGAAAGAAGCCCAACAAAGACUUCAAGACAUUGCCAAAGAUCCUGAUAACUACUCUGUAUUACUACAAGGUCUUCUGCUGCAGGGGUUCUACCAACUUCUCGAAUCUAAAGUAACUGUCCGCUGUCGGCAACAGGAUGUAGCAGUGGUUCAGGCUGCUGUUGACAAAGUCAUUCCUAUUUACAAAGAGUCUGUAAAAAUGAAUAUUGUCGUGAAAAUUGAUCCAGAACGUUUUCUUCCUUCAGAUAUUUGUGGGGGAAUUGACGUUUAUAAUGAUAAUGGGAAGAUUAAGGUCUCCAAUACACUGGAAAGAAGACUCGAACUUAUAACUCACCAGAUAAUACCUGAAAUCAGAGUGGCCUUGUUUGGAGCUAACCCCAAUCGCAAAUUCAUGGAUUAACAAUGGAUUUGAAGAGAGCAAUGUGGACACAGGUGGAUGAAGUGUAACGGUUUAACUUUUACCCAUUGUUACAAAUAUGAUUUUGAU